CCACGCUGGCCAUGCCUGUGCCCACGGAGGGCACCCCGCCACCCCUGAGUGGCACCCCAGUCCCAGUCCCUGCCUACUUCCGCCACGCAGAACCUGGCUUCUCCCUCAAGAGGCCCGGGAGGCUUAGUCGGAGCCUCCCGCCCCGGCCCCCUGCCAAGGGCAGCAUCCCCGUCAGCCGCCUCUUCCCCUCGCGGACCCCAGGGUGGCACCAGCCCCAGCCCCGGAGAGUGUCCUUCCGGGGCAAGGCCUCAGAGACUCUGCAGAGCCCCAGCUAUGACCCAAGCCAGCCUGAGUCCUUCUUCCAGCAGUGUUUCCAGCGGCUCAGCCGCCUAGGCCACGGCUCCUACGGAGAGGUAUUCAAGGUACGCUCCAAGGAAGACGGCCGGCUGUAUGCCGUCAAGCGCUCCAUGUCGCCGUUCCGGGGCCCCAAGGACCGCGCCCGCAAGCUGGCCGAGGUGGGCGGCCACGAGAAGGUGGGGCGGCACCCACGCUGUGUGCGGCUGGAGCGCGCCUGGGAGGAGGGCGGCCUGCUGUACCUGCAGACGGAGCUGUGCGGACCCAGCCUGCAGCAACACUGUGAGGCCCGGGGCGCCGGGCUGCCUGAGGCUCAGGUCUGGGGCUACCUGCGGGACACCCUGCUUGCCCUGGCCCACCUGCACAGCCGAGGCCUGGUCCACCUCGACAUCAAGCCCGCCAACAUCUUCCUGGGGCCUCGGGACCGCUGCAAGCUGGGUGACUUUGGGCUGCUGGUGGAGCUGGGCACGGCUGGAGCCGGUGAGGUCCAAGAGGGGGACCCCCGCUACAUGGCCCCCGAGCUGCUGCAGGGCUCCUAUGGGACAGCGGCAGACGUGUUCAGCCUCGGCCUCACCAUCCUGGAAGUGGCCUGCAACGUGGAGCUGCCUCACGGUGGGGAGGGCUGGCAGCAGCUGCGCCGGGGCUACCUGCCCCCCGAGUUCACUGCGGGCCUGUCUCCUGAGCUGCAUGCCGUCCUCACCAUGAUGCUGGAGCCAGAGCCCACGCUGCGGGCCACGGCCGAGGCCCUGCUGUCCCUACCCAUGCUCAGGCAGCCGAGGCCCUGGAGCGUCCUGUGGUACCUGGCGGCCGAAGCCCUGAGCCGAGGGUGGGCCCUGUGGCAGGCCCUGCUGGCCCUGCUUUGCUGGCUCUGCCACAGGCUGGCCCACCCUGCCAGCUGGCUGCAGCCCCCGGGCCCGCCAGCCACCCCACCCGGCUCACCGCCCUGCAGCUUUCUCCUGGACAGCAGCUUCUCCAGCAACUGGGAGGACGACAGCUUCGGGCCCUCCCCCUCCGCGGAGGCCGUCCUGGCCAGGACUGCCGGGAGCACCUCUACCCCCCACGGUGGCUCCCCGGCCACCAGGAGCAGGUACACCCCCAGGGACCCCCUGGACCUAAGUGACAUUGACUCAGUGCCUCCUCGAGGCUCCUUGCCCUCCUUCGAGCCCCGGAACCUCCUCAGCCUGUUUGAGGACUCACUGGACCCGACCUGA